AACCUCAUCGAAGAAGAAGUUCAACCUCAUCGAGGAAGAAAAAUAAGUUGACAUCUGAUUUUUACUUCUGUGUUCUAAGUGAAAGUAAGCAACAUCAAGGCCACGACACCGAACUUACUGGUUGAGAUCGAAGCUCAGUAAAGGGAAAUCAAAGCUGUGUAAAGGAAAUAACAGUAACCAUGGCUCCAACAUUGUAUGAUAAGAAGCCGGAGCCAGGGGAUCUGAUAGAGAUAUUCAGAGGGAAAUACCAGCACUGGGCUUUGUACGUUGGUGACGGUUUUGUUGUUCACCUGGCCCCACCCUCCGAGGGACCUGGGGCCGGGGCCAACAGCAUGAUGUCUGUGCUCAGUGACAAGGCUAAGGUGAAGAAGGAAGAGAUCUGGGACGUGGUGGGGCAUGAUCAGUGGUGUGUAAACAACCAGCUGGAUGAGAAGUACCAGGUCAGACCCAUACGUGAGAUACUGAGGGAAGCCCAGGCCUAUGUGGACCAGGAGAUGCCCUACUGUGUCUUCAGGAGGAACUGUGAGCACUUUGUCACAGAUCUGAGAUAUGGGAAGGCUGAGUCUCGACAGGUUCGUCAGGCUGUGGAAACUGUGGGAAUGGCUGCAAUGGUGAGCUUCGGAGUCCUUGCUAUUGCAGGUAUCGCAGUGUCCAUCUUUGGAGGUGGAAGCAAGAAGAAGAAUGAAGAAGAAGAAUAUAAGUGACCAACUGUAUAAUAGCUUCCUGAGCAGCCAGUCACCAAUAAGCCUAAUAGAUUUUUUUUUUAAACUACAGUACUGCCAUCGUCACUUGUAUAAUUCUGGUGUUUUCAGAAGGAAGGGUUGAGUAUUUCCAUAAUAUUUUUUUUUACAGUUACACAGACAUGAAUUGAAAGCACAAAGGAAAGGAGGAAAAGUGUCUGUUAUAAUUCUAAGGUAUACAGCCUUGGCGGGGCCAUAACCUUGCAGGCUGCUAGACUAAGCUAGCUGUUUUUUAUUUUUUAUUAUCAGUUACUUAUAAGCAGUGAUGGAAAAGGUACACAGUUGUCAUACUUGUGUAAAAGUAAAGAUAACAUAAUGGAAAAUUACUCAAGUAAAAGUGAGUCACCCAGUAAAAUAAUACUUUAGUAAAAGUUUUUAAGUAUUUGGCUUUAAAUAUACUGAAGUAUAAAAAGUAAAUGUCGUGGCUAAAAUGUACUUAAGUAUCAAAAGUAAAAGUAUAAAUUAUUUCAAAUUCCUUAUAUUAAGGAAACCGGACGGCAUCAUUUUCUUGUUUUUUAAUUUUCGGAUAUCCAUGGGUACGCUCCAACACUCAGACAUAAUUUACAAAUGAAGCAUGUGUUUAGUGAGUCAACCAGAUCAGAGGCAGUAGGGAUGUUCUCUUGAUAAGUGUGAAUAAGACAGUUUUCUUGUGCUGCUAAGCAUUCAAAAUGUAAUGAGUACUUUUGGGUGUCAGGGAAAAUGUAUGGAGUAAAAAGUACAUAAUUUUCUUUAGGAAUGUAGUGAAGUAAAAGUUGUCAAAUAUAAAUAAUGAAGUACAGAUAUCCUAAAAAACAACUUAAGUAGUACUUUCAAGUAUUUUUACUUAGCUUAUAAGCAGUGGUGUAAAGUACCUAUGAAGUUUCCCAACUAUAUAGUUUUAACAUAUUUAUGUAGACUCUUUAUAAUGGGAUAAAAUGGUAUUCCACUGAAGUUCUAAUAUUUCUAUCAUGAAGAAAAUUGUCUAUAGGACCCAGGGCUCUCGAGUGGCACAGCUGUCCAAGGCACCGCAUCUCAGUGCUAAAGACAUCACACUUUUUACUUUUUAGUCUUUUUACCCCUGGUUCGAUUCCAGGCUGUAUUACAACCGGUGCACAAUUGGCCCAGCGUCGUUAGGGUUUGGCCAAAUAAGAAUUUGUUCUUAACUGACUAGCCUCGUUAAAUUAAAAAAAUAAAAGGACCCACAGAACUACUCCUGGUUAGGGUUAAAGUGGAUACAUCUAAUGCUGCUUAUAUCGCUUUGUAAUGACUGACAGCGUUAUGAACAGGUGCAUCAAAGCUGGGACCGAGAGACUGAAAAACAGCUUCUAUCUCAAGUCCAUCAGACUGUUAAAUAGCCAUCAGUAGCACCUUAGAGACUGCUUCCCAAAAUACAUAGACUUGAUAUCACUGGAAACUUUAAUAAUGGAACACUGAUCACUUUAAUUAUGUUUUCAUAUUUUGCAUUACUUAUCUCAUAUGUAUAUUCUACUGUAUCUUAGUCUAUUCCGCUCCGACAUUGCUCGUCCAAAUAUUUAUAUAUUCUUUACUUUGGAUUUGUGUCCAUUGUGUGUAUUGUUGUGAAAUUGUUAGAUAUUACUGCACUGUUGGAGCUAGAAACAAACAUUUUGCUACACUUGCAAUAACAUCUGCUAAACAUGUGUAUGUGACCAAUAAAAUAAUUUGAUUUGAACAAAAUCAUACUUUAAAUAAAAAAAUUGGAUUGAAAAGA